AUGAACCAAUCUGUCGAGGGAGAAAGUGCAACGCUGGACGCGGGCAGAGGAAACAUGUCGAAAACACCCAAACGACCUCAAGAAGGCACCAAAGUCGUGCGUAAUGAGAACGAAGAGACCCAUGAAACUCCAGCAGCAGUAGUAAAAAAGGACCCCUUGGAAGCUGAAUUCGCCAGGUUCCACAAGCUGUCAUUGCUGGCCACGUCGACAUUCGUUCUAGCGUGCUUAACCGUGCCUUGUUGUGUCGCUUUCAUCGGCUUCCUCUGGUCCAACCCCAAUGGCACCGGGAAUAACGAAAUAUGGCUCAAGAUAGUCUUGCAUGGCUGGGUUUUGAAGUCUCUCACGAUGAGUACCGUGGUUCUACGUGUUGCCAUCGGUGCCCAAACACGCAUCGCAACCUCAAUGCUAGCCAGCAUCGUGAUGGAGACGAAAGGUGUUGCUCUACACAGAUCAGCGGCUGUUUCCGCAUUGCGUUAUGUCAACAACGGGCCGCAGAGCCUUACUUUCGCCCUGCGAGAUACUUACUCCCACGCUGGGCCAUGGGCGCUGGUCACUUUGCUUCUCUACCUCACAACACUUGCUUUGCAGUUCGGAUCAACAAUACUGGUGGGAGAUCUCGCUAUUGGAUCGCUCAUUGACCAUGGCAAGACUGGGACCACUCUUUCGGCACUAUCCUGGUCAGCAGCAAUUGGUCAGUACAAUGCCACCAGACUAAGUCGACAGACUUCAUACUGGGACCAUUUUCUUCCGAACUUUCCAGUCUUUGCCGAGUAUCGUGAGAAUCCAUCUUCGAGCGAGAUCUUGUCCGACAACCCAGUGAGAGAUACAGGAACGACUCUGAGAAGCUUUCUACCCUUCUCAAACCAGUCCGAGCGAACGAUGAUUCACUCGUAUAACGGCACUGCUACUGUACAGGACUCGAGGGUCGUGUGCGUCAGGCCAAAACUUCACCCACAUUUCAGUAUUGGCUUCGAAUCCACUAAGUUGGGCUACCUUUUGAACGGCACCUUGGUGCCAGAAUCUGUGCCUCCUGGCCUCAUACUUGGAGAGCAGCCAGCUCUGACUGCCGGUCUACUGCCUGUUACAUACGACCUCGACACAAAAGAAUUCCACAGUUCUUCUUCAGUGAACCUGAGUUGGAGCCAACAGAUUCCUUUUGCUUGUGGUGUUGAUGAAUGGGCUAUCGCCCAACACUUCAUGUACUCUGGCCCAACUUUGGUUUCCUCUUUGGACCCACGUUAUCCAAACAUAGCCGCAAAUGCAGCUUCUUUGAACUUCACCGCGGAGAACCCGGAUUACCUUGCCUGGAACCUGACCUACUAUCAAGAAGGAGACGACGUCCGAUUAAUGACCGGUAGGAGCUACGAGCUGCUCAAUGUGACAGCUGCCGAUCCCGGCUACAAGACCAACAGGUUCUUCAGCCCAGACCAAGAACACAAUAAGCUCGUAAUUAGACCCCAAGGCGAAUGGCUGGUAUUCACAAUUCCCGAUAUCCCAGAUUUUCAGCUUUCUGUGUCUCUCUGUUUCGACUCGUUCUUCUCGAUCAACGCCAAAGUCAACUCGACAAUAGCACAGCCUGGAAAUGAGCCCUCUCUUGGGACUUGGAAUGCAUCGAGCGGGCUUUUAGACACGACUCAAGUACGCGAGCAACUCGAUGCGCUUCCGGACCAGAACCAAAGUCCCCACGAUCGAGGUGUCAUGAGCCUCGAGACCGACGCAGAGCAACUGAGAGACCAGGUCCAAGAUUGGUAUGUCGAGGCCAAGAACCAGAACGCGGAGAACAUAUCGUUUCCAACACAAAAUUUCCUCGCCAUGGCCAGCAAAGACACGUACUCCUGGGGGAUACGAAUGUGCAACGGAUGCCAAUUGUUCUGGCCCGAUAAGUACACGUACAACAUCACCUAUGUUAACAACGACGACCUCCAGGUGCAAAUUUUCCAGGAGGUGAUUCGGUCUACAAGGGAUACCGCCAAGGCAUGGCAGGCACGCUACACCAUCCUCGGUCGCUUGGCUUACUAUGAGACACUACCAUAUUACGAUGUUGAAACUGCUUCCUCGGUGGCAUCCUUCAGGAAUAUACAGUUCCCCCAGUCUAGCAGGGGCCUGGUAACCGUUUGUACCAUGCUCUGUGCACAUGUUGGCUUGAUAAUUUUGAUCACAACUACUUUUCUGACCAAGACCAGGGUGUCCCGAAUUGGCGAUAACGCGUGGCUCAAUUUAGUUCAGGCUGACUUAGCGCCUAUGGAAAGCAUUUUCAAGGCUUCCUCGACGAUGAAGGACAGUGACGUGGAGAAGGAAGCUGUUGCGCAAGGAUUGAACCGCAGAAUCAUACGUCUUGGGUGA